CAACAGCCCAGGGUUUAUCACCCUGCGCCGCCGCCGUCGCCUCCUAAACCCACCUCGCCUCCGCCGCGGCGGCACCUUCCAGAACCGUGGGCGCCGGCGGGCCAGCCAUGUGGGUUCUCCGGAGCCUCCUCCGGGCAGCAUCGCCGUCGCUCCGCCGCAGCUCCGGGCGCCUCGCCGCGAGUGGGGAGGCGGUGGCCGCGGCCGCGGACUUGGCUACGCCGUCCGCGUGGUUGCUGGCGUCGGGAGCAGGAGCAGACGGCGUGUGGCGGCGGGCGAUGUCGACCAAGGGGAGGAGCAUGCGGAGCAAGGUGGAGAAGCGGAUGGCCAGGGAGACGGGCCGCACCCAGCGGGAGCUCCGCCGCGCCGUCAAGCUCCGGAAGAAGCUCAUGACUGAGGACGAGAAGCUCAUCUACAACCUGCGCAGGGCCAAGAAAAAAGUUGCUUUGCUUCUACAAAAGCUCAAGAAGUAUGAGCUACCAGAAUUACCAGCUCCUCGUCAUGAUCCUGAGCUGUUAACAGCUGAGCAACUACAAGCUUACAAGAAGAUCGGAUUCAGAAAUAGAAACUAUGUACCUGUUGGAGUUCGUGGAGUCUUUGGAGGUGUUGUUCAAAACAUGCAUAUGCAUUGGAAAUUCCAUGAGACAGUGCAAGUUUGUUGUGACAACUUUCCAAAGGAAAAAAUUAAGGAAAUGGCAGCAAUGCUGACAAGAUUAAGUGGUGGAAUAGUGAUCAACAUUCAUAACACUAAAACAAUCAUCAUGUUUCGAGGAAGAAACUACCGUCAACCGAAGAACCUUAUACCUUUCAACACACUUACCAAAAGGAAGGCUUUAUUCAAGGCAAGAUUUGAGCAAGCACUUGAAUCACAGAAAUUAAACAUCAAGAAAAUAGAGACACAACUCCGUCGCAAGGGUAUCAAUCCAGAGGACCCAGUUGCUAUGGCCAGCAUCCAACGUGUUGCCUCUACAUUCUUCCGAGCCAUAGAUGAGCAGCAAGGUACUCCCUAUGUUUUCCGCGGGGAUACAGACCAUUCUGCUGGGACUACUGAAAUAAAAGAACCACAUGAUCAACCAUCUGAAGAUAGUGACCAGGAGGAGCUUGACCGGUUCAUUUCAGAAAUAGAAAGUGCAGCAGAGAAGCAAUGGGAGGAAGAAGAGGCAGCAGAGAAAGAAGAAUCUUCAAGAAUGCGGUAUUUGGAGAGAGAUGAGGUGGGUGAGCGGAGGGGUUUCAAUAGAAGUUAUGAAAACUCAGAUUAUGAGGAUAGAGGGCAGGGAAGAUAUAGGAGAGAGAAUAACAACAAAAGGACAUCAGAUGCAAGGAGGUGGGAUGAUGAUAGCGAGGUCGAGGCAUCAGGUGAGGAAUGGGACUCUGGUGAUGAUGGUGAUGACAGGAAUGUUCUGGGCUUCGACAAUGAUAGAGAUUCUCCUGAUGAGCAUCCUCGACGAUUUGAAAGCAUGAGGAAUGGGAAGAGCAGAUCCAGUGGCAGGGAGGAUUUUGUUCCUAGGGGAGAAGUGGGUGAGAGGAGGGCUUUCAAUAGUAGAUAUGACAACUCAGAUGUUCAGGAUAGAGGCCAGGGAAGAUAUAGGAGAGAUAACAACAAAAGAACAUCAGGUGCAAGGAAGUGGGAUGAUGAUAGUGAGAUUGAUGCUUCCGGUGAAGAAUGGGACUCUGGUGAUGACACGGAUAAUUUUCUUGGAUUCAACAAUGAUAGUGGUGCGCCUGAUGACCAUCCUCAACGAUUCAAAAGUACGAGGAAUGAGAAGAGCAGAUCCAGUGGCAGGCAGAAUUCUAUUCCUGGGGGAUUCAGAAGUUCUAAUUGGACCCCAGGAAAUUCAUUAGCUGCUUCUGAUAGCACUACAUUCAGAGACAGUAAUGAUGAUGGGCUAGGCACUGAAGAUGAUGACUUGUGGGAUUCAGAUUAUAAAGGGGGAGAAACGAACUCAAGAGCCCCAAAGGUGAAUUUCCCAAAUUUCCACAGCAGUAGCGACGAGGGCAGCAAUGACGACUUUAAACACGGUGACAGUAUUGGUAAAACGAAGAAAAAUACCGACGAAAGUUGGGACAGUGACUGAUACGCUGAUGUGUGAUGGACGAAUGCCAGCGUGGAUGGUUGUCAAUCCAGGUUCUUUAAGGGCCUGUAUUGCACAUGUUUUUGUCCAGUGGAGAUCUCGAGGAGCUAGAAGAAUAAGCGUGGUUUCCAUGAUGUUUGAACGUUUGCUGCAAGUUUCAGACAAUACUUGGGUUCCAGUUGUCAUGGUAGCCUGAAAAUGUGCUUCACCUGGAUGAGGGGCAGAGAUUGCCAAUGGUGUUCUAGCCUCCUAGUCACAUCUAGGCCAGAAUGCAGCAUGACUUGAAAAAGCGGAGGAGAAGCUGCCGAAUGUUUCUGGCUAGAGUUCAAUGUUGAGCAACUAAAUAUAUCGAGAUUCCUCGGAAAUGUGAUAUUCUUGUUCUGCGGUCAUUUUGAGACCAAAUUUAUUUUGAUAUUUUUUUUAUGUGAACAAAAACUUGCACAUAGGUAUAUUUGAAGGUCUCUUCUUUCUGUGUCUUCUGUGAGGAUGUAUCUCAUUCGUACGACGAUGAACUUGAGAAAUUGUCUGAAAGUUUUUCACGGUGUGAAACUUUUAUCCGAAUUCUCGAAUA